AUGGAAAAGCAAGCUUAUCAAGAAAUUCUUCUGCAACAGGAAUAUGCUGAUCUUCUCAAUCAAAUUUCCAACUUCAAGCAAUUGACUCAACUUUUAAACCCUGUUUGUUUUGAUCAUACAGAAAAUCCAAUCCGAUUUUCGUUUAAAGAAGACAAGAUUGUCGAUAAAGCAGAAAUAGAAAAAUUUCAGCAAAACAAAAGUCAAUUGAUUGAGGAUCUCAUUCCGUGGAGGAAAGGACCAAUUGAUUUUUUUUCGACACUCAUUAAUUCAGAAUGGGAUUCCUCCAUCAAGUGGGAUCGCCUUCGCGAAAUCCUUGACAUCAAAGACAAAGUGGUCUGUGACCUUGGAUGCAACAAUGGUUAUUUCAUGUUAAGACUACUCUCGCUAUCUCCUUCAUUAAUUGUAGGGAUGGAUCCAGUUUCCAAAUAUUUUCUACAAUAUACCUUUUUAACUUCCUUGUUGUCCUCCUCCAUUCUUAGUCGUCUUUCAUUUCUUCUUAUGGGGUUCUCCUGUCUCCAUUAUUUUAAAGCGAGUUUUGACUGGAUACUUUGUUUGGGUAUUCUCUAUCACCAUCCCAAUCCUAUUGAAAUCCUACAACUUAUAAGAAAUAGUUUGAAGCCAGGCGGAAAGGUCGUGAUUGAUUGUCAAGGAAUUGCUGAAGAUGGGAAUGUUUGUUUAUUUCCUGAGAAGACCUAUACUGGCAAGAAGGGUUUUUGGUUUCUUCCCACACCGACUGCUCUUGUCAACUGGAUGAAGCGGACUAAUUUUAGUCACAUUGAAAUCCUUGCACAAGAGCCUAUCCUUCCAGAAGAGCAACGCAGAACCGUUCAUUCUCCAAUCGACAGUUUAAAAGAAGGGCUGGCUGAAGACGGUCAAACCACAGAAGGUUAUCCGCCACCCAUUCGCAUUUAUCUAUUGGCUCAAAAAUGA